AUGGGCGCUCUCUGUAGUUUCCCCAUUCCGCAUAGUAAUUGCAGACACAAGGUAAGAGAAAGUAAGACAGCAGCAGGGACAAGGUUAAUGGUAAGAGCAUCCGCAACAGACAGGUUAUCUGCAUUAUCAGAUGAUGUUCUUUUAAAUCAUAUUUUGUCAAAGAUUUCUUACAGAGAUGUUGUACGCUCUUCCCUACUCUCGCAAAGAUGGCGAUUCUUGCGGAGGAAAAUACCCAUCCUCAAAUUUUGUAGCGAAGAUUUUGAGAAACAAAAGGAUGACAAAAUACAGGCCAUAAUUAACAAUGCUCUGCUCCACCUCGAUGCUCGUCUUCACAAUUUGUGUCUUCAAGUUGCCUUCGAUGAUCCAAAGGCUGUCGAUUUGAACAAUUGGAUUCGUCUUGCAGCUGCAAAACAGGUGGAACGCAUGGAACUACAAAUCACUUGUAGAGAUCGAAAGAUGAGGCUUAAAGCUUCUUCCAUCGCGGAGCUUGGGGACUCUAUUUUUAGGUGUGACAACCUUACCACCAUAAUAGUGAAUAACAUCAAUUUUCCCAAGGUUCCCACUAAUUUUGGGAUUUUGCGAUCAUUGAAAAUAAUUUAUUGUGUGGAUAUUUGGAAUGUGGAUGAUGCUAUGUUUGAAGGAUUCAUGGACUCGUGCCCACAUCUUCAAAAUUUGAUGAUUUCCGGUUGUUUCGGGUUGAAAAACUUGAAUUUACGUUCUUCCAAUCUCAAGUACCUAAAUCUAGGAAUUCUAAGACCUGAUAUAUCUUUGGAGAUAGCUUGCCCGCGCUUGAUGGAAAUCAGCCUUAUGGAUUUUGGGCCAUUCAGGGCUUAA